CUUCCUCUCGCCCUUCCUCUCUCCCUCGCUUUUUAAGGUGGUCCCCCUCCGCGCUGAUUGGGCGCCCGGCCGCGCUGUGAACGCCCUGCCACUAUGUCAGCCUGCGCGCCGCAGCCCCUCGCCUUUGAACUGCCCCGCGCCGCGCCGCGUCCCCACCGCCGGCCCGCUGCUGCGCCCGGCGGCUCGCCGCCCGCCUAGCCGCCCGCCCGCCGGGCCCCGCGGGCCGCCCGCGCCGCUCCGCUCCGCUCCGCGCCCCGCCCCGCCCGGGCAGGGCUCCCGCCGGCCGCGGCCGCGGCGGCGGACCUGUGAUGAUCAGCUGAGCCCGCUGCCGCCGCCGCCGCCGCUCCGGCCGCCGCCGCCUCCCUCCCUGCCUCCCUCCCUCCGGCCGCCGCCGUCCGGUGCCGCCGCGGGCGGCCAGCGCCAGCCCCGCACCGCGCCGCCGAGCCGCCCGCCCUCCCGCCCGCCCGGCCGCAGCAUGUCCAAGCCCAGCGACCACAUCAAGCGCCCCAUGAACGCCUUCAUGGUGUGGUCCCGCGGCCAGCGGCGCAAGAUGGCCCAGGAGAACCCCAAAAUGCACAACUCGGAGAUUAGCAAGCGGCUGGGCGCGGAGUGGAAGCUGCUCUCCGAGGCGGAGAAGCGCCCCUACAUCGACGAAGCCAAGAGGCUGCGGGCGCAGCACAUGAAGGAGCAUCCCGACUACAAGUACAGACCCCGGCGCAAGCCGAAGAACCUGCUCAAAAAGGACAGGUAUGUCUUCCCUUUGCCUUACCUCGGGGAAACCGAUCCCUUAAAGGCCGCCGGGCUUCCCGUGGGGGCCACUGACUCUCUGCUGAGCUCCCCGGAGAAGGCCAGGGCUUUCCUGCCUCCCACCUCAGCACCUUACUCCUUACUUGACCCCAGCCAGUUCAGCUCCAGCGCCAUUCAGAAGAUGACUGAGGUUCCUCACACCUUAGCCACCAGCACCCUGCCCUACGCCUCCACCUUGGGAUACCAGAACGGGGCGUUUGGCAGCUUGAGCUGUCCCAGCCAACACACCCAUACUCACCCCUCGCCAACUAACCCGGGCUAUGUGGUGCCAUGUAACUGUACAGCUUGGUCGGCUUCCAGUUUGCAGCCUCCAGUUGCCUACAUAUUAUUCCCGGGCAUGACCAAGACUGGGAUAGACCCCUAUUCUUCAGCACAUGCGACUGCUAUGUAACACCCACCCACACCCCCACAGGCGUCCCCCCCCGAGCGAGCCUUGGGUCGCAGCCGGAACUGGGAUUCACUCAUGUGCAUGUACAUAAAACCCGCGGAAGCAAAAUGCCACCCGGAGCAGGACUCUGCUGCCCGUGCACCGUGCUGGGACGCACACGGACACUCCACCUCCUCGGGGACGCGGAGACGCUCUCGCUCAAACCCAGCACUCGCACUGCGAGUCGUCUCCAGGCUCGGGGGGGUCAGAUAGGAGCCCGAAACUUGUGAGAGUUGUAAAUGUGUUCAAAAAAAAAAAAAAGAAAAAAAAAGAGCAAACCUUGAACUGCCCUUUUGGGACGGAAGCGAAAAAAAAAGAAAGAGAGAGGCGGUUUCGAUUUUUAUUUAUUCUCUUAAUGUAUAUGAGUUCUCUAGGGUCUCAUGUCACUUGGACUUGACUUUGGGAAGUCCCGGUCUUAUUAUGAUUUUUUUUUCCUUUUGCACAUUAAAAGACUAGAUCAACUGUGUUAUAUAUAUAAAUAUAUAUAUAUAUUUUGCCACCACGCACUACUAGGUAAAAUUGCUUUUCAUGUCAGAAAAAGGCUCUUCAAAGUUAAAAAGCAAAAAAAAGAGGGGGAGAAACAUUUAUAUUUAAAACAUAUGAUAGUGUUUGCUUAAUUUAAAACAGAUAGUCCUUAAAUUUGUGUGAUCCAGUGAGACUAGAUCUAAGUUUACUUUAGACAGAGCGUCAGGUAUGAAGUCAGGCAGUAGAAUUGUAAAAAAUUAAUAAUACUAAUAAUACUAAUAAUAAUAACUUUAAAAAAGAAUAAAAAUGAUGGUAAUUUAAAUAUGUUUUCACAAUGUCUUGGGAAAAAAAAUUGUAUCCGGCAGGAUUUUACCUCGUUAAAUCUUUUCAGUUGUUGAACAAAGACAUUUUGAAUAAAGACAAUCUGUCAUUAAACGAG